AUGAGGAUUUCAUCUUUGACGCUACUCCUAACCCUUGCCUUUCUUGUGCUAGCAUCAAAUGCGAAAACAAAACCAGGUUGUACGGUCGUAUACUUGAAGAAGUUUGGUGGGUACUUGAUUGGUGGUUGUGAGGACGAUUGCCACAAGAAGUAUAAGGCGACCAUUCACUGCUCUGACGAUAUGGCGUGCGCUUGGCAAGCCGAUAUUGAUGGCAGCAGGUGUAAGUGCUCAAUGUGCAUAUUCUCCUCCAAGGCUCCAGCAGAGGAAACUGUGAUGUUAACUAGCUAA